AUGGCAUCAACCUCCAAGUACCUAUCCAAACUGCACGACAAGUCGAUCCUCAUCGUCGGUGGUACCUCUGGCAUCGGUUUCGCCGUCGCAGAAGCUUGCCUCGAGUACGGUGCCAGCGUUGUCAUCGCCGGCCGCAGCCAGUCCAAGCUCGACGAUGCCCUUAGCCGCCUUAUAUCAGCAUACCCAGAUGCUAAAGAUCGUGUCCGCGGACAUGUGGUUGAUCUGAAAAAUGACAUCGAGGCUAGUGUCACCGAGCUCCUCGAGUUUGCGACGGCUAGCGGUCAGGAGACGCUUGAUCACAUUGUGAGCACUGCCGGUACAGGAGCAACUGGUAUCACUUUGGAAAACGCGACCGAGGAAAACGUACUUGAUGCCGGCAAGAUGAGAAUCGCCGGGACAUUGUUGCUGUGCAAGAUAGCACAGGACUACAUGAGCAAGGCCCACACCUCAUCCAUCACUUUUACCGGCGGUGUAGCCUAUUACAGGCCUAUGGAAGGGUACAGCGUAACAGCAGCUACUGCAGGCGGCAUGGGCUCUAUGGCCUUGGGGCUCGCUGUGGAUUUGAAGCCCAUCAGGGUGAACAUGGUGUCUCCAGGGGCGAUACGGACAGAACUGUUCGAAAAUAUGGUCCAAAACGCAGGAGGCGUGGAUGUUGCGGAUAUUUUUGCGAAGAAGACGUUGCUUGAUCGGAUUGGUAGCCCGGAGGAUGUUGCCGAGAUGUAUUUGGGGAUCAUGAAGAGUGGUUCCAUCACUGGGCAGGUUAUCCAUGUCGAGGGUGGAUUCUUGCUGAAGUGA